AUGGGCAGCAUGGGCCAGUGGAUGCUCCUCGCGAUGGCCUGCUUGGUUCAAGGCCUUGACAUAGGCGACAACACACAGCCGACCAAGUCGGGCGUUCCCACGUGGGUCGACGUCGACACGCCGAGAGAGGUCUAUACCAAGGUGAGCUCCCGCGGCGACACGUGGAACCUCGUCAUGAGUGACGAGUUCGAGCUUGACGGGCGCAACUUUACAGCCGGCCACGACCACCUCUGGACCGCGCUCGACAUUCCCGACGGCGUCAACCGCGCGAUCGAGGUCUACAAGCCCGAGAACGCCAACACCAAGGACGGUCUCUGCACGAUCCGCGUCGACUCGAAGGAGAUCGACAUCUCGUACUUCAACGUGUGGGCCAACGAACCGGGCUGGACCGGCAAGAAGAUGUACUACGCGGCGGCGAUGAUGCAGACGUGGAACAAGUUUUGCAUCCAAGGCGGCUUUGUCGAAGUCGCCGCCAAGCUUCCUGGCGCGACGAACACGGGCUCCCAGAACCCACAUGUAACAGGCCAACGGAGGACAGCGCAAGGCAUGAAGCAAGUCAAAGCGCUCGACCCGAUCCCAGACGUCCGCUUCUACCCGACGUGGCCAGGUCUGUGGAUGAUGGGCAACCUCGGCCGUGCGCUCUUUUCUGCGUCGACCAACAAGAUGUGGCCCUGGACGUACAACGAGUGCACGGAGCUCUCGCGAAAGAACCAGCGCAUCUCGGCAUGCAACAAGAAUCCCGGCUUUGGCCUCAACCCAAAUCAAGGCCGCGGCGCGCCGGAGAUCGACAUCCUCGAAGGCGGUGGCACGGCGAUCUCGUCGUCGGUGCAGAUUGCCCCCGGCAUGCCGGACGACUACCGCCCAGUGCCACCACUCCUAAAGUACGAGAACUCAUCCAACGUGGAUGCACAAGGGCGCCAUGGCGUCGGUCACUUGUAUUGCUUUUACGAAAAGCAGUGCUUGACGCUUGGCGCCAACAUGGCUGACGUCCCGACGGCGGCGUUCGCGUCCCGUGGCCACAAGUCGUGGUACCAAGGCCUUCGGUACGCUGCCAACCACCGGUGCUCGCCCGAUUCGACCAAAGUACAGCAGUAUGCGUCGGUGGUGGCGGCGCAAAAUGCAGUCAUUGUCGACAACCAGUUCGACAUCCAACGGAUUAGCUCGGGCCGCGACCGUCAUGCCGACUUGAGCUUAAUCGACGGGAAAGGUCAGCAUCACUGGGGCAUCAACUACAACGGCACGUGCUUCCCGAUCGCGAAUGGGUACAUGGGCGGCUUCCUCUGCGACCGCGACAGUCAGAACCCGAAAUGCGAGCAGCCACGCACGGACGCCCAAGCACCGACCAAGAUGAUGGAGCCGUUCGAGUAUCAAAUGGACGCGAUUUCGGCCAACUGGGACGUGAGUUACGAGGCGUACACGACGUUCUACAAGUACCAGCUCGAGUGGGUUACGGGCAACGACGGGUACGUGCGCUGGACGCUUGACGGCGCGCCAAUUUUCGAGAUCCCAGCGUCGACGAUUACCGACCCGCCGCAGGGUACGGGCAGUGGGUCGUCGUACAACCCCAAGAAGAUCAUGAUCGAAGAGCCGAGCUACUUUAUCUUCAACGUGGCCAUGUCGUCGGCCUGGGGUGCGACGCCGCCCAACUGGCAGGUGGGUCCGUGCCGCGGCAACUCGUCAAUGCCAACGCCGGGCUCGGACGACGCAAAGAUCUCGAACAACGUCUGCGACUCGUUCCCGAUGUACAUGUAUAUCGACUACAUUCGCGUCUGGCAAGACACGACAAAGAUGAGCUACGGCUGCGAUCCCGCGACGCAUCCCACCAAAGAAUUUAUCAAGGCGCACGUCUCCAACUACACGGACCCACUCAACCCGGACAUUCCGGUCGCCGGUGGCGCCAUGUGCAAGAGUGAUGACGACUGCACGGUCGUGCCGAGCUCCACGGGCAGCUGUGUCAACCGACGCUGCUCGUGUGUGACGGCGUGGACCGGACCCCGGUGUACCAAGUUCACCAUCGACGGGUCGUCGUCGUAUGGCCCAUCCGUGGUGCUCGCGGCAGCCCUCGUGGCGUUCGCCUUCGUGGCAUCCGUGGGCGCACUCAUCCUUCGCCGCAAGCGGCGCGGCGACACCAAACUGAACAAACAGAUGGCCAUUUUCAUCAAGACUCCGUGCGAAGAGUCUCGGAGCUACCACACCGAUUUCUAAAACAAGUUGAUCG